AAACUCUGGCUGCCCAGGAAAGUGCCUUCAUGAACCCAGAGGAUGUCCGGAAAGCAUUACAAGGGUCCUGAAGUCAGUUGUUGCAUCAAAUAUUUCAUAUUCGGCUUCAAUGUUAUUUUCUGGUUCUUGGGCAUAGCAUUUCUUGGAAUUGGACUCUGGGCAUGGAAUGAGAAAGGAGUGCUGUCGAAUAUCUCUUCAAUCACAGACUUGGGAGGUUUUGAUCCUGUUUGGUUGUUCCUGGUUGUGGGGGGAGUUAUGUUCAUUUUGGGAUUUGCAGGAUGUAUCGGAGCUCUUCGAGAAAACACUUUCCUUCUCAAGUUUUUCUCUGUCUUCCUGGGAAUUAUUUUCUUCCUGGAGCUCACUGCUGGAGUUCUGGCAUUUGUUUUCAAAGACUGGAUCAAAGACCAGCUGUAUUUCUUUAUAAACAACAACAUCAGAGCUUACAGGGAUGACAUCGAUUUACAAAACCUCAUAGACUUUACCCAGGAAUAUUGGCAGUGCUGUGGGGCUUUUGGAGCGGAUGAUUGGAACCUAAAUAUUUACUUCAAUUGCACAGAUUCCAACGCAAGUCGAGAACGAUGUGGCGUGCCGUUUUCAUGUUGUACAAAAGAUCCUGCAGAAGAUGUCAUCAACACUCAAUGUGGAUAUGAUGCUAGGCAGAAACCAGAGGUCGAUCAACAGAUUGUAAUCUACACAAAAGGCUGCGUGCCCCAGUUUGAGAAGUGGUUACAAGACAACUUAACCAUAGUGGCUGGCAUUUUCAUAGGCAUUGCAUUGCUUCAGAUUUUUGGAAUAUGCCUAGCCCAGAAUUUGGUUAGUGACAUUGAAGCUGUCAGGGCCAGCUGGUAGAACUGCUGAAUGAACUGACCACUGUAAGACACUGGACUCCUGAGACCCUUCCCUGACUCCAGUCUGCUAUGCUGAUGCCAAGCGCCCAAUAUCACUGACGAUGCUUGCAGUCUGCAGUCCUAAAGGCUGGUAUUGCCAUGAAAUUGCUUCUGUGGGGGUGAACCUAGGGAGGGUUAUUAGGACCUGCUGCUGCUCACUGACAGAUUUCAAUUUUUUUAAAAAUGACCCGUUUGAAAGCUGGUGAACCGUGCAUCUACUGUAGCCGUGGUUUGUGAACAGUUAGUUGGACACUUACCAACAAGAAAACUCCAACAGAUGUGCGUAAAUGGAAACAGAAUCACAUUGCGAUCUGUGGAAAAUGCUGGUUUGUCUCUUCUCUCCUUGUGUUAUCUGAGGGCUGUCAGAGGUGGCGGAAGGUGUCUUUAUCAUACCCAGGAGGGACAGUCAUUUUGUGCACAGAUGAAAGGAACUGCAAUCUUUUCUAAAAUGACAAGGGACAUUUUUUUUUUCAUCUCCACUGUACAUGUUAGGAACCUCUAAGAACCAAGAAGAAACCAAGAAGAAAAUGACUUGGGUCUUUUAAGUGUCUUGCUCCAGAAUUGGUGAACGGACUCCUUAAAUAACUCAUGAGAAGCAUCACCUUCUGUUCCAGGCCCUUCCCCUUUUGCCAGGGAAGGGAAUCAAUAUGACAUCUGCACUGAGCCAGUGAGUUGGAAGACUUCAGGGUGCCGUAUCUUAGCCGAGCAAUCUUCCUAAGCAAGCAUGGGGUUGAUUUCAAAUGGAAAUAGGAGAAGAAAUUGUAUUAAAUGAAAUAGUGUUACCUAAUGUUGCUGCCACCCCCCAAAAAAAUAAGUUGCUGUAUUCUCUGGAAACUUCUGGAAUACUCUUUAUUUGGGGUUUAGGGGACUAAGGCUUUGAUACAAUUCUUUUAAAUUUUCCUUUAAAACAUCUUUUUCAGCUGAAACUUUGACUUCUCUUUUUUAAUGAUUCUUACCUGCAUGAAUUGUGACUUGAGAUCCACCAGCCAUUACUCCCACUCCUAAUGUCCCAACACUCCCAGAAAUAUUCCAAACUGUAAUUUGGUCAGAGCUGACCCAUUUCUUUUUUUACUGCAUGGCUGUGGGAAGUUCUGGCUCAUUCCCCCCAUCCUCAAAGUGAAGGGAUCAGCCUUGACACACGAAAUGCUUCCAGGAACUCAGCCACACUGUCUCUGGGGUCUUUUCUCAUGACCCCUCCCCCUCUCCACUCCUUCCUUCCUUCUUUCCUUCCUUUCCCCAAAUGGAAUUAAAUGCCAACGGGAAGCAGCCCCAAUAGGCUCAAAAGACUUGUUUUCUUUUUUUCUAAUGAAAAGAAAGAAAUUGUGUGUGUGUGUCUGUCUGUGUCUGUGUGUGGUCUCCAGUUACCUCCGUCCUCUUCCAGGAGACUUAACGGCUAGAAUGUUAAUGAAGCACAAGUGUCAGGAGCCAGGCCUGCUGUCUUAAGUCCACAGGAAGGGCCCUAUGACACUGCCUUGGUGCUGCCAACCCAACAUGCCCCAGUGCCAGUAAGAAGGCCAGAGAAAGCCUCCAGGCUUUCAUUCACCAGUUCCUUGUGUAAGUGUCUAUCAGGGCAUUUUCCCCCUGGGCAGCAGGGAUGCUACCGGUGCCAGGGACCUCUCCUAUAGCAUGCUGUCAUUCCAGAUUGCCAUUUGGCUGGUGCGCUUUGGCUAGAGAUUGAGCUUGGGUUUUUCCAUUUUGGCCCCCCCCCCCCCCCCCCCCGUCCCAGCCCUAGGAAUGAUCAAUUUUUGAAAUGCUCAUAAAAAGGAGAAAAUGCUCCAUCCACAACCUUCUUCUAAAUAGUAAUCUAUUCCAUAUUUUGGGCGUGUGUAUGGGUGUGCAUGUGUGUGUGUGUGUCUAUCCGUACUUGUAUAGUUAGAUAGAAAGGUUCAUUCCAUGUCCUAGUAAUAUAGUCCAUCUCCAGCCCCCAAAUUAUAAUUGAGUCACAUCAUCCCCUGGCGGUGAAGACUUGAGUCUACCAAGUUGCACUUUUGCCUUUAUUCCAUUAAUUACCUCAUGAACUCCAUUUUAUCUUUAGACUCAUUUUCAGGCACCAUCCCUCCCCUUCAGCGAAUGCAGCAAAAAACCAACAGCAAGUCCACGUGAGCUUCAUUUUUUUAAUCACCCAUCAUUUUUUACACUCGGAAAGUGUUUGUAAUAAAGAUCGUCCUUAAUAAACCUGGUUCCACCUUUUCA